ACUGCAGCAAGAAAUACCGUGGGGCUGGUAGCGUUGUUGAGCAAUGAGUCCGUGCGCUAAAAUAUCUGUGUUUUGCUGUUCAUCAGGAUUGUAGAAAAACAUUGAAAGCGAAAAUGAGCAUCGUCUCGUAACUGGACCAGACAAUGGAAGUAGCUCCAUGCAGCAGUAACAAUUCACCCCUGGGAAACGAGUACGUACUGAAUAAGACUACCUGCAGAAGCGGAUCGGUCACAGGAAGCUAAAACUAAAACGUGUGGCUCCAAAGCGACACAUUUUCCCAUUGGGAUGCAUGUCUGAAGAGGCGCGGAGGAAGAGAGAAGACGCGUACGCAUGUAUUUCCUAUGACUUUGGCGGCAUUCCGACGGUGUGAGGAGAUCGUGCAUAUAGUUUCGUUUUUCUCAAAUCACUCCCGCGUGUCGCCAGAUGUGUGCUGGGAUGGAUCGCGUUUGAACAUCUGACGCUGCUAUGGAUCGCACUGGAUGAACAGCAGUAAUUUAUUUCAUCGAGUUCCUUCAGAGCACCUGAAAUUCCGCAGCCCGCUCGAGCCUCUGUCCGCGGUCCUGAACCGGAGCUGCGCUUCACCUCAACAGCCUCUGUCGGGGAACAUGAUCAGCUGUAUGAUCUGUAUGGCCUUUUGGGGAAUCUGAAACGAGCAAAGGACGAAUCGUUUACCUCACAAGUGACAGAAGAAGGAAUUGUAGGGCGCGCUGAGCUGUAGCGAACUACAUCCACUCAUCUCAAACCCGACACGAUGUUCGCACUCGGGAUUUAUUUGUGGGAAACUAUUGUGUUUUUCAGCUUGGCGGCGUCCCAACAGGCAGCAGCACGGAAAGCUGCCUCUCCCAUGGCCCCGUCAGACUUCCUGGACAAGCUGAUGGGAAAAGUGUCUGGUUACGAUGCAAGAAUCAGACCUAAUUUUAAAGACCCACAAGGCUCCAAAUCGGAUGGUACUCACAAGAAAGGUCCACCUGUCAACGUAACAUGCAACAUUUUUAUUAACAGUUUUGGAUCCAUUGCUGAAACGACAAUGGAUUACAGAGUGAACAUUUUCCUGAGACAGCAGUGGAAUGACCCUCGGCUGGCCUACAGCGAAUAUCCCGAUGACUCCCUCGACCUUGAUCCCUCUAUGUUGGACUCCAUUUGGAAACCGGAUCUGUUCUUUGCCAAUGAAAAGGGCGCCAAUUUCCACGAGGUCACCACUGACAACAAGCUUUUGAGGAUUUCAAAAAAUGGGAAUGUCUUGUACAGUAUAAGAAUAACACUGAUUCUGGCCUGCCCCAUGGACCUGAAGAAUUUCCCUAUGGAUGUGCAGACCUGUAUAAUGCAGUUGGAGAGUUUCGGCUACACGAUGAACGAUCUCAUAUUCGAGUGGGAUGAAAAGGGAGCUGUGCAAGUAGCAGAUGGACUGACGUUACCUCAGUUUAUCAUGAAAGAAGAGAAGGAUCUACGUUACUGUACCAAGCACUAUAACACAGGGAAGUUCACCUGCAUAGAGGCCCGUUUCCACCUGGAGAGACAGAUGGGUUAUUAUCUGAUCCAGAUGUACAUUCCCAGCCUCUUGAUCGUCAUUUUGUCUUGGGUGUCUUUCUGGAUCAACAUGGACGCCGCCCCUGCUCGCGUUGGCUUGGGCAUCACUACUGUGCUGACCAUGACCACCCAGAGUUCAGGAUCUAGAGCUUCUCUUCCAAAGGUGUCCUAUGUGAAAGCCAUUGACAUUUGGAUGGCUGUGUGCCUACUCUUCGUCUUCUCUGCCCUGCUGGAGUACGCCGCUGUCAACUUUAUCGCACGCCAACACAAGGAGCUCCUGCGCUUCCAGAGAAGAAGAAGACAUCUUAAGGAGGACGAGGCGGGAGAUGGGCGAUUCAGCUUCGCAGCCUACGGCAUGGGCCCGGCGUGCCUGCAAGCCAAAGAUGGCAUGGCCAUCAAGGGGAACAACAAUAACGCGCCCACCUCCACCAACCCCCCUGAGAAGACCGUGGAGGAAAUGCGCAAGCUCUUCAUCGGCCGCGCCAAACGGAUCGACACGGUGUCGCGCGUGGCCUUUCCGCUGGUAUUCCUCAUUUUUAACAUUUUCUACUGGAUCAUUUACAAGAUCAUACGCAGCGAGGAUGUUCACAAGCAGUAAACGGCGAUCCGAAUAUACCCACCUCCACGCUCCUCCCUCAUCUUCCUGCGCCCGCCUUUAUCUCACAACAGUGCUCACGUGCUUCUGGUGAUGAUGAGCCCUCCGGCAGAGGUAUUUAUGAAUAUUGUUUCAUCUCUUUCUCUCCUGCCCUCCCGAAUAAUCCGGACCUGUGCAAUAGCAAUGCAGUAAAAUGCAUGAUAUAUGAAUGUGGCAAUAUAUUUACUAAAAAAAUGAAAAUGACUGAAGUAAACGUUAAACUUUUUCACAUCUACGAACUUCUGAACCGAUGACUGGGAUUCCAAGAGGAGGUGCUCUUGUAAAACGGUUUUUUUGUUGCAACUUGAAGACGUACUGCAUUGCGAGAAUAAUGGAGAACCGAUGUGUAAUAUACCGUAUAUUUAAAUGAUAAUACUUCCAUGAGAAAGCCUUUGAAAAUUAAACGUAUUUUGAGAUCGCAGGGCAGUUUGGGGCUUCCACGAAUACGCAGUGAAUAUGCCGCGGGUCCCGUAGACCCACCUUCGCUUUGAUAUGUGAUUUACAAGCACUUGUCGGAACUGUCCCCUGAUGUGCAAGUCUGAUAUUAAUAACUAAUGAAAUCUUGAUGAGUGCCGGUCAAAACAAUUAUUUAUUCAAGCUGUGGUUAAUGUGUUCCUCUAUCUGUACUCAUAGAUUUGUCUUUUUUUAUUUCAAUUUUAGAUUAUCUUCUCUGUUCAUGCGCCGAACUUCAUGUUACUUCCAGGUUGACCAAAAACAGACGUAUACUUGGUUGUUUCUUAUUUUUCAUCUGAUCACGUUUUCGAAGGAUUCUGAAAUAGUAAAAGCUAAAACAACUUUGCAAGGGGGUGUGAGGGGAAACCGUAUAGCCUUUAUAUGCUAUAUGCGUCAGAAAAGAUACAGCGGGAUCUUUCAUAACUCACAUUUCAUACAUGUUCUAAACAGCUGAUAGUAUUAUUUUUAUAAGCUUGAUAAAUAAGCAGUACAGCCAGUGCCAUGAUAAAACCAACUAUAUUUCCAACCAAAUGUAUAUUACGUGAUUUUUUCAAACUAUGUGUAUAAAUGCAUAGACAGUACUAUGUUGUGCAGCAUAGUUAAUAAGUGCACAAAGGUUUAGUUUCUGAAAUUAAGAACGCAUUUUCAUCCGGCUUCUCUAUGCAAUAAUCAUAUAUGCAAAUUAUUUUAAGUGUUUAUCAUGUUCAAUAUGGACUUUUUAUUCUGAGGGCCCAUAAAGACACUACUGUACGUUUAAAUCUUCUCUCUUCUACAGUAGUCAUCCUCGAUCAUUGCUAUAAAAAAGAGCAUUGGAAAAACUUGUCUAUGCAUGGCAAGACUUUUUUUGUGCUACAGAUGAUAUCGAUGUCAAUUUUCACUUUUGUAACGUUUUGUUGUGACUGCUGAUUUGAAGACAUCCACCGACUGAAAACGUGUACAUGGUGUCUAGUGCUCAACAGGCUGUGAUAGAUGAUAGAUGCUUUCUGUAGGAUAUGCAAGUUUGUAUCACGUGUAACAUCUUCUGUUAACCGCUUGUUUAUCAAACCAAAGAGUGGUUGAGUUUUGAAUGCUUCAUUUUAUAACAAAUAUGCUUUUGUCAUUUCAUUUCCUGUCUCACCUCGAUGUGAUUUGGUUGUCGAAACAUUGACAAUGACAGUUUUGCUCAUUUGUAAAAUCUGGUUUAAAAUUGUGCAGUUUUAUUUUCAUGUGUAUUUAAGAUUUACAAUAUGAAAAAAAUGUCCCUUUAUAAUUAAAUUUGUAGGAUAGUCAUGACUGGGCAAAACGUUACCAAAAAAUAUGACAAUAGGUCAAAUUUAUGGUAUACGAAUGUUUUGGUCUUGUAAAAUAUGUGAGAUCUUUUCAAAUGUUAACACACUUUUUUGCCAGAAGAUGAAAAUAAAUAGUUGGGUAGUCGACAAAUAAACCGCACACGUGUCCUAUGGUGUGUCCGUAUUUUGUGAUUUGUAUUACCGUUAUCAUGUACCCUUUAUGUGUGUCACUGGGUUUUGCAAAUAUCUUACCAAUAAAAAGUAUUAAAAAGUGCUUGUCAGCUCUGACAAUACAGUACGUAAUCAUUUAAAAAGUACAGUUUUUUCCCGGUUUCCUGAAAAACAGCACAUUUAUGAAUGUAUUAUAUAUUAUGAAUAAAAUUUAUAUGAAUUAUAAAUAUAAACAACAUAAAAUAAUAUAUUACUAUCAGUGUGUUUUGAACAUUUUUGCUGUCACACCAUAGGACACAUGGUACGGUUUCUUUGUCAACUACCCAUAUUUUAUUUUUCACAUAUUUAUUUAUUUCAAUGAUAUGGCAUCAUGAUAUUAUGUUCAAUUUAAAGGGCUAUUUUUAAUGAAUCCUCUCUCUUGUAUCAAUAGGCUUGUGAUAUAUGUGUUCGUAAAACUGGUUUACCCCUCAGCUCCAUUAAAACACUGGAUCUCAGAAUUAUAUUUAGGAUUCCAUUAAGCUGAAACAAAACCUGAAUUCAGUAAUUGGGAAAUGUAAGCUGAAACAUUGCAAUUCAACAGCAGCACAAUGUAGCAAGGUUGCAUAUCACAUAUCAUUUGAACGUUCACAAACAUGAAUUGUGUUGACAGGAGCGUUUUCGUGUGGAUCUUAAACUUAAUUCCAGAUUAAUCACGAUGAGUUCACAUAGUCACCAAACUAGUCCAAAACUGGUUUAUGCUCCAUCCCUGAGACUGAUGGAGGCAUACGAUGUAUAAUAUACAUCAGUGUGAGAAAUGAUCGAGUCACUUUUGAUGUGUUCACUGGAGAUGCAGGCACUGAGAUGGGACAAUUCAAAUAUGUAGACAAAAACACAUUAAAGAAGAUUUGUAGAAGUAUUGUUCAGCUUAAUGUUGCUGUUGAUGACGGAUUUCUUUAUCGACAAACCCUGCUUAAGGCUAUUUCUGCUGGACUGAUCUCUGUGUAAAUGAUAUAAAAGACAAGAACAUCGAAGAUUAAUCCUGCCGCAGGAAUACAAGGGCAGUGUGAUGUGAAAUAUGUUCUAUAUGCAAACAGGUUUGUUCUUUGGCUUAAUAAUCAUGCAAAUAUCAAUUUAAUGUCCAUAUGAUUUCAGUCGAUCUAAAUUAUCGAGGCAUGAUAUCGUUUCCGUCUUCCGCAUUUCUUUUUUCUCUUGAUCCUUGUUUUAAAUAAGGACACCCUGCAUAACCCUGCAUUGCAAUUGCCCAAGAAACGGUGAUCUCAGAAUGACAGCGGGCAUGGUGAACGGAUGUAACCAAUGUAUGCAAACUGUGGGUAAAGUUUUAAUUUUUGCACAAGUUGGUAUGGCCUUAAUUUUAUUGGUUGAUUUGCUUAAAUUGUGUAUUGGCACAAAGUGCAUCUCUUCAUUUGCUUAUUGACAUAAUCCGAGUGCACUUCCAAUGGGUGAAAAAUAAACAGCAGAUCCUUAUUUUUAUGUUACAAUACUAAAACAUGGAAUUUUGCAUGAAUAGAAAUAAAAUGGCAGAUAUUUUUUGGCUUGUACAGAAAUGUGAGCAAUUUGAAGAAAAAAAGGAAUGUACCAUUUCUGCUGUAUCUGUAUAUAACACAAUAUUUAUUGAAAUAUGUCUUAAUGCUAAAUCUAAUUCUACUAUUAAAGGUUUU